AUGGAUACCACCUUAUGCCAGGAUGGUGCAUUUUCUCCCAAGGAUGCCAUCAGAGCUCUCAGAAAGAGGUUGAAUGGAAACAAAAAUUAUAGAGAAGUAAUGCUAGCUUUAACGGUUUUAGAAACUUGUGUGAAAAACUGUGGCCAUCGGUUUCAUGUCCUUGUCGCAAAUCGUGACUUCAUAGAUGGAAUUCUAGUUAAAAUAAUCAAUGCCAGGAAUAACCCUCCUACUAUCGUCCAGGAUAAGGUGUUAGCUUUGAUUCAGGCUUGGGCUGAUGCAUUCAGAAGCAGUCCUGAUCUGACUGGAGUAGUGCAUAUUUAUGAAGAAUUGAAAAGAAAGGGGAUCGAAUUUCCCAUGGCAGAUCUAGAUGCACUAUCUCCAAUACACACACCGCAAAGGCAGAGUGCGCCAGAGGUGGAUCCAGCAGUAAAUAUGCACACGUCUCAGUCUCAGCAGAAGACUAAUGACAGCUCCUUCUCAACACCCUCACCUUCAACAUAUUCGGUUCCUCAGACACCUGCUGUGAACAUGGCUGGACCAAUUGUUGCAACUACAGAGCAGGUGCUUCUUGCAAGAUGUUUGUGUUGUCAUGACAAUGAGCUGAAUAGAACAUGUCGAGCUAUGCAGCAAAGAAUUGUGGAACUCAUCUCCCGAAUGUCUAAUGAGGAAGUAACUGAAGAGCUCUUACAUGUCAAUGAUGACCUAAACAAUGUCUUUCUCAGAUAUGAAAGGUUUGAACGGUAUAGGUCAGGGCGAGCUGCUCAGAAUGCUGAUAAUGGAGUUCUGAAUGAUGUAACAGAAGAUAAUUUAAUAGAUUUAGGACCAGGAUCUCCUGCUGUCGUAAGCCCAAUGGUUGGUAACACUACAACAUCAUCUCUUUCAUCACAGCUAGCAGGUCUUGAUGUCGGUACAGAUAAUGUUAGUGGGACUCUUAGUACAUUACAGCAUUGUAACACUCGAGAUGAUUUUGACAUGUUUGCACAGACGAGGAACAGCUCCAUGGCUGAUCAACGCAAAAAUGUAACAUACGAAGAUCCAAAGGCACUUGGAGGUUUGGCAUCUGCCCUUGAUGUGCGGCAGCAGAACACAGGAAGUCUGAGAAGUAGAAAUCGGUAUUCGACCACGGAGCCCAUAGACAAAUGGCUGAUAACGCAAGGAAUGAUUCCUGUUGCACAGUCCUCUGUCAUGGAUGACAUAGAGGAAUGGCUGAGCACUGACGUGAAAGGUGAUGAGACAGAGGAGGGCGUGACAAGCGAAGAGUUUGACAAAUUUCUAGAAGAAAGAGCCAAAGCUGCAGAGAGAGUUCCUAACCUUCCUUCACCUCCAUCAGAAAACCCAGCUCCCCCAACAAAUACGGCAAACCGAAAGAAACAGGAACGCCCUGAAGAUACCCUCUUUGCUUUAUAAAUUGCAUAGUCUGUUUGAAAUGUCGGGUCGAUUGCUGAUUGCUGCUAUAUACAGUCACACUUUACCUACACCUUAAUGCAGCUAACGAUGCACUGUGUUGUUUUGUUUAUUAUUUAAAAAAGGGGGUUUCUUCCUAAGUAGCAAUCCUGCGUUCUCUUAAAGAACUACAGCAAAUUCCAUUUUGUUUUCCUUUUUACACUGGCAUGGCCCUCUUUCUAGUUUAAGCCAAUUAACAUUGCCGCUUAUAUUUAAGAACACUAAAUGUGCAUGAGUAAUUCUAGGUUUUAUGUAUUUGAACUAAAAGCAAGAAGAAAAAGGUGGCUGAGAACCACAUGAAUGCUAAAGAUGGUAGCAGUAGGUAGCUACAAGCUUUUUUGGAGGACGAAUGGCUAAAAAGUUUAUAAUGGCAUGAAAUUAAGCACACACUGGGUAUAAAAUACAACUUUGUCAAAGCCCAGAUGAGAUCUAAACAGCACAAUUUCUCAAAUGAAAAAUGAGUACAAAUUAAUUUUUUUAAUGGAUGUAUCUGAUUAGCAGUGUGGUGCAUUGAAGUAGCUUGGUGACAUUUUAUUCCUGUUACAUCGCAACAUAUGAUCUCAUGCAAAUCAGGAUGUGACAGAACAGACAAGUCAUUCUGCCAACCAACCCUUAGAAAUGUUACACUAGCAAAACUUGCAGAACUGUCUGUUCCUCUAAGUUUAAGGUCUGUUUGCAAUAUUUGUAAAGUAGUGUACGCUAAUUCGGUUUGAGUAACAACUUUUAUAAUAUGGCACAAACUGAAGCACUGCCCAUAUAGGUUAGCAUUAAGAAAAGAUCACCGAGAAAUGAAAACCAUUAGGAACCAUAUCUUUAGAUUAUAGGAAGCGGUUUUUGCAAUACAGCAGAAGUUUUCAAGCUGGUGAGGGCUGCUUGAUUUCUUAAUUGUUUUGCCUUCGAGCAACAGAAAUUGUAUAGUUGUACAGGUCUCUUGUACUUAGAAAUAGGUUAUCUAGGGAUAGAUCCAGUUUAUCAUAGCUUAAUUGCUAGCCUGUUUAAAAAUUGUGAAAAUUACAUUGAAAGACUAAUUGCUAAAGACCUAAUAUACUUUAUAAAUAGUGAAGACUUAAUAGGUAUUGAUUGAGCAUUCCAGUUUUGAAUGGUCUGCCAGCUCGGAAGUGGAAAAUGCAUCCAGAAACGGGCAGCUGUUCAUGGUGGGUCUGUUAUCCAAAAUGCUGUUUGUCCUCUUUCUAGCUGAUCCAUAUAUUCAGCUUUUAUUUUAUACAUGUUAAUGCCGAGUAAUGCAGCACAGCAAGUAGUUUGCACCCACAGUAUGCAAAGUAGAAAAAAACCUUUUCCAGUUUGUAAUAUCUAAAUGGCAUUUUUACAGGAGAUUAAAUUUCCUAAAUUGCAACAUACAAGGAUGUGGAUGGAGAAUGACAAUACUGGUUGCUUAUAUUUUAUAACUUAAGCCCAAAAAUAGCCAUGGCUUACUAAAUGCAUGGAUUGUGUAUACAGGGGUUGACAUUGUAUAGAAAUAUAUUACAGAAAUGUAUGUAUUUAACAGAUAAAUAUGCUUUCUGUUUUUCUCUGUACUUUCAAAGGGCAUCUCUGUCCAGAAGCUUAUGUAGUUUGUCAUUUGCUAUGCAGAGCUAACCUGCCUUGCAUAUUUGUACAUACUUCUAUAUUUUUUCUCACUCUCUAUGCCACGGCAGUGCACUUUGAGAUCUUGUAACAUGACCUGGUCUAAGCUACAUUAUUUUGUAUUUAUUUGCACUCAUUUAAAUUUGCAAUUCUGUGAAUCUGUACUUUAUCAGAGUGCCUUUGGAUGAUGUCAGUGUUUAUUUUUCACAGACUUGAUUUUACUAGUGUUAAGUGUAAGUAGCUAAACAGCAUUUCAUAACCAUUUUAGAAAAAAUUUGGAAGUUGAGUUGAUUUUGAUGCUCUGAGCCUUUAGUUCACCUACCUUCCACAACAUUCUCUUACUAAUCUGUGAAGCUGCCUGCUGUUCAAACUUCAAAUGUAGCCUGCCAGUGACUUCCAUCAGCUUUCAUGUACCCAGUGCUGGCUGCUCUGGAUUAGAGGCCCACGUGCAUCUGGCAAGCUGAGCCUGAUGUCUACACAGGAUAACUUGAGGUUUUAAUUGCAAAAAAAAAAAAAUCUUUGGGGAAUAUUGGUGUGUGUGAUAUAUGUGAUAUUUGGUGUCUGCCACUGGCUUUGAGAGGCAAUGUUUUGUUUUGUUUUUAGUGUUUGGGUACAGAAAGCUGUUAUGUGAGAAAAACUGAGGGUGGAGCUGCCCUUACCUUUUUCUACUGUUGCAUUAAAAAAGAACAUACUAAUCUUUUAAAUGAAGUACUGCUUGCCAGUGCAGAGUGGUGUUUUCUUCAUUCAAACAUAAUCAAUGUGUCUUGCCCUUUCUGCUGCAGUUGCCACUCUUGCAGAGGCUUUUACUGGUCUGCAUAAUGCUUGUGUGUUCUGCACUGUCAGGCUGCUUUGCAUUUCAGAAUAACCUUUAAGCAUUUGAGAAGAAUUCUGCUGCACGGAGCAGUACCAUUUGGCUUGCAUGCAUCGGAUGGUCUUAAAUUACUGAGUGCAGGUUACUAUGCCUAGUCUGCUGCAGACUAACUUACUGUCGUCUCAUAGACCACCACAGUAUAUGUAAUGAAAUGGGAUCUAGAAGUGUUUUUGUAAGGGUUCUUAACUGGCUGCACCCCAAAUGUGGAAGCCCCAGCACUUAUACAUACCUCUCCAAGUUGACUCAACCUCGCAGGCAGUUUGUUUGGAGAUUGGCUGUAUGGAGGCAGAGCCCCCCAAUCAGGCCAUGCAAGAUAUGCAGCCCCCCCCCCCAAAAAAAAAAAAAACACUAGCAUUGAGUGACUUUUAUUGCUGUGGUCAGAUGUGUCAAGAACCUCUUGUCAGUAGGUUUUUCAAUAUUUUGAAGUAGACCCAAUACUUUUGUGUCAUUUUAGUGUAUACCAAGUGCAGAAUUAUUUCAAAUAAAGCAUUUUCUUCAAUAUAGUUAAAUUCAGAAAUGUGAGUGCUCCUCUGAGUUCUGCACAAAAUAUAUCCUGUUUCACAUGCUUUUGGACUACUACAACCAGCUAGUUUUGCUUUGCUUAUGAAACAAGAUUGCGAUGGCAUGAUGGAAAUCCACUUACUUCUCUUUGAAGAGGGCUAGGCUCUGUCCUGCAUGCACAGUUCAUUUAGAAUUGCCCUUCCUGUUUUUUACAUGUAGCCAAAUAUAUUUCUGAUACAACACUAAGAUAUUAUUUACAGUAAUCUAUUCUACCUGUGCCUAGGUGUUAAAAACAAACCAUCUACAGUUGUAGUGCAUGCCAUGUUGAUGAAUUAAAAAAAAAAACUUUUGUUUGUAAGAACAUAUUUUAACCCUGUGACUACUAGUACUGUUUUUCUUUGUGUGUACACAUUUUAUUUGCUACUUAAAACUACACCUAAUUGUUAAAUUAUAUUUUUUUCUUUGUAUAAGCAUCUGUGUUAACCACAUGCUUUCUUAACCAACUUUCAUUGAACUGGUUUUGUCAAAGUGCAUUCCUAAGACUUCUAGUCUCAUUGUGGGGAUCAACAUUCAAUUUCUGAUUCUUGGGGAACAUGUGAUAUUGACAGUAGAUAAGUUGUUUACAUGACAUUGUCUAUAUCCUGUGAAAUUAAGUCAUUGUGUAAAUGUUUGAGGUGUAGUAUUAAAGCAUGUUCUGUGAGUGAUGUAUAGUAAUUUGGCAUUGGCUUCUGAUUUACCGCCAGUCUUAGAAUUCAUAUAUAUACCUGUAAAAAAAAAAAAAACGUAUUCUUGACUGCUGUUGAGUCUGAUAAGCCUGUUAAAAGUGGCACACUGCCCUGUGUUUCAUACAGUUCGACAGCAGUAUUGGGCACUGGAAUAAAUGUGGAUGGCCCUUAUUCCAUUGCUAUUCUGAAAUAUAACAUAAUAGUUUUCUGUUUGUAAAGUCUUAUAAAACAAUUUACUCUGCAGUGGUGCAGAAAUAUGAGUGACAUACUUAACAGAUUUUAAUCUCCAAAGCAAAACGUUUAUACUGAAUCAGAUUUAACAUGGAACCUGUACCUCCUGCAUUCAUUUGGGCCCUGUUUUUGUCAAUCCCCCCUUCCAGGUGUCCUCAUUCUGUUAAUUUCAUCAGGCUAUUAGUGGGCUUGUCCAAGUUCACCUUUUCCAUUGUUAAUAUCUGUUCUUUUCAAAAAAUUACUUUGCAAGACAUGGUGGUUUCCUUAGGAUUGAUGAAUCCCUGCAACAUGUAUGAUUAGUCAUAUUCUUAUUUCAAUUCACUUGUGCACAUGUAUGUACAUGUAUACAUAUGUAGAUCUCGGUAGCUAUAAAGGCUUGUAAUUUGUUUUUGUAACUCCAUUCAUGUAUCCUGUAAUUUUGUUCCCUGUAAACUUUUAUGUCUUGAUCUCUAUUUGCUUAGUGUAUUGCUCAAUAUUUUCAUCGGUUAGUGACCUCAGGAUGAAAAUGAAAAACUCCUAGAACUUGUGUCAAACUGAAUUUAUGAUCACCUGUUUUCAGUUGCAUCCUGUAGAGUUAUUUUUUAUAAACCAGGAAUUAUUAUGAUUGGUUGGUUUAAUAUUGCACAGUUUAUUAAGCACCUUGUUCACAGCUUGUGUGUGUAACCUUUAAUUGAUGUUUGUAUGGUCACCUGUGUACUCUGGCAAGUUUUUUGUCUGGCUAAUUGCUGAAAAUCUAGCAUAUAAUCAGAUUCUUUGAUAUUUGAUUCAGUACUUCAGACAUCUGGAUUGUCAGCUUUCAUUUUAUGCUCUGUGAAGUACAGCAAAAGUAUUUAGCAUUUUUUUUAAUUUCUUUAAAUCAUUUACAGUAAUUCAGUAUUUUUGUUGCUGUUGUUUUUACAGACCCAACAGGCGGUUGUUUGAGUUAGCAAAAGUACCCAGAAAUGCGGCAUUUUUGACCAUAUCUGUGAACUGUAUUAGCCAAAGUCCCAUCAUUGGUUUCCAGAUCCAUUGUAUACACACCGUCAUUCUUACCUGUUAUAGUGUCUGCUAAUAGAUAUGCAAAGCCACUGUAAUUUGUCAGGGCAGAACCCCCACCACCACCACCAAAAAAAAAAACAGUGAGAAUGGUUUUAGGGCUACCAGAGAUAAAAUUCACUGCACAAGCAAUAUGGAUGAAAGACAAAAACACUAGAAAGGUGUGCACUAAUGGAUGAAUGACAAAUAAUGAUUAAUAAAACAGCAAAGUGUUCUGUGGUGGUCAUGUCACUUCACCUAAUUUAGUGUACAGUAUGAGUAAGGAAAUUGGGUGGAAUUCUAAAAGGGUUAUACACAAUCAUUACUAGUAGAAAAACAAAAAUGUAUUUUCUUUUACUGGCAAAGAGGUUUUAUUCUUCACUAUGAUGCUAGUGACCUAGCUUUGAUUAGUGAGCCUAGUUGUAGCUGAGGAGAGGCAAUUGAAUAGAUGAUGUCCUGCUCUGAUGUCGAGGGGGUGGAUAAGUCACAGCUGCUGCAGCAGGUGACUGACAUCCCUCUUACAUAUCUGGAGUGGUCCAUUCUUUGCCCAGGGUUAGUAGCUUGAAUUUGGAAGAAGUGGUGCCGAACUCUGGAGAAGGGGGGCAGAGACUUGUGAAUUGGACAAUAGAGAAGGGGGGAGCAGAUGUUGAGCAAGGAAGUAUAAAGAAAUGUACAUAAAAAAUUAUCCAUCUUUGUGCAAGAGUGACUAGUCCCAGUUUUCCUGCAAAUUGUCAACAUUUGGUUGAUCCUCCCAUUUCUCCAGUGUUAUUUCCUGACCAUGUUUCUAACUAUACAAGUUAAAUUGGAAACAUUUCAGUUGCUGCAGCAGUUUGCCUUUGAGUGGUAUUUCUCCUCCUGGGCAGUUGUGCAACCAUAGAGUUGGUGUAUUUAAGUGAAGGGUGUGCUUUUUUGUCAUUUCCGGUUGUUUUUGAUCCAUUAGGAUAAAUUACUUUGUGUUGGAGGUUUGGGAGUUACGUUCUUGUGGUGGAUCUGGCAAGAUCCAUCUAUAGUAUUAAAGUUAUGAAGAUCUCACAUGUUUACGGCAGAAUAAAGGCAAUUUAUAGGAAAGGAACAAAAAUGUUAGACUAGCAGAAGCCCUGUAAAGAGAGAGAGAGCAAACAAUUAUAAGAGGGUAGUGUAUGUAGUCUUAAUGAAAUGAGGCAGUGGGGAGAGAGAUGUGGAAACUUCAGUGUAUCUUAGUGGAAUUGUAUAGUGAAAGUGGGGUACCAUCUCCAAAAAAAAGAAUAAAAAAGAGCAAGUGGAUGCAGUUUGGGGACACAAAGUGGUCUGCUUAAUGGAACUGCAAGAAACUUAAUUUGUGCGAAAGUUAGUGGGUGGAUGUUUGGAACAGCACUCUUAAGGAGGGAAUAGUCAGGUAAAGUGUCUGAAUUUUGAGGACACAUAAGAAAGGUACAUGGCUAUUGGGGAGAGUCUCCUGAUGAUUGAAUAAGAUUUGUGGCUUAUCUUCUGAAUAAUAGGAAGGAUGGGUUGCCAAAGUAUUUAUUGACUGGAAUAGAACCCUGAUUUAAAAGGACCUAUUGCAGACUCAGUCCAGGGCUUCACCUAAGCUUCUAUUUACUCCCUUUCACUAAACUGCAGCUCCACCUUGAUCUAAAAUCACCACUUGCCCUUCUAGUGAACUAUUAGACAACAUCUACUGUAGGUGGUCUCUCCUAAUAUAACAUGUCAUAUCAUGCCACAUGUCAGCAUACAACACAUGCUUCCCAACCUGGAACCAGCUAUGAAAAAAAAUGCUAAUUAAAAUGAAAGAAAAACAAAUAUGCACACCAAAUGAGGAGAUCCCCCACAUUUGUAACUUGUAUGGUUAGAAUGUCCUUGCUUUCUUUUUCUCAAGAAAACACUGGAAUUUGUUUGAGAGGCAGAUACUGUUUAGGCAAACCGUGAAUCAAAACAUAUUAAAGUAUUUUUUUUAGGUAAAAGAGGUUUGCAGAUAAUUUCCUGGACACCAGUGUGUUGACAUUAACUUCAUCUUCUGUAUUAUCAUUUUGUCACCGCUGUUACAUUUCGCGGUAUGAUAGUUUACAGAAUGGUCGUGUCUUGUAUUCAUGAGCAUUCCAUUUGUUUUAUAACAGUAUUUUCAGAUUUGUUAUUAGUGUAUAAUCUUUAACAUUUGGGUAGUUUAAUGCAGCUGCUGAACCUCUCUUUAUUAGAUGAACGUGAAGAUGCAUUUUCCCCUCAGAAAUGGGUGAAAUGAUGUAAACAGAUGGUUAUGUAUCCCAUACAAGCAGGUUGAUAUCCGCAUAGAACAGAAACUCACAUACUGUUUAAAAUGACAAAAAAAAAUCAAAGAAUAAGUUCAUUAUGUUUUAACUAGGGAAAAAUGUUUGUAUAUAACUGAAAUUCUAACAAAUGUGCAGCACAGUUGGGUAACAUACAUUGGUAUAUCGUUUUAUUUUAUCUCCACCCUCAUCUUCAUUUUCUCCCUUUCAGUAUGCUGUAAUUGUCAUGCCAUGCAUCCCCACCUGUCUGAGAUAAGAGGGAGCAUGUUACCGUGACCUGUUGAGUGCUCUGAGCCUGUAUUGUGCUGCAUCCUUUACAUUUGCAACAUAUAAAAACAUUUAGCUUGUCAGCCAUGAGCAUAAACUUUAAACAUUUUAUCAAAAUCUGUAAGAGAAUUUCCUAAAUAUAUGCAUAAUAAAGGAAGCCCAAGCACUUUUAUUUCUGAAAAAAAUGUGGAAAAUGCAGUGUUCAGAUGAAUUUAUUUUCCCCUCUUUACAUAUUGUAGUUUCUUACCCCUAGCAACCUCAAAACCUUGUUAAAAAUAUGUCUACACUAGCCAGGGUUAAGGUGCAGAUUAUUACUAUUAUUAUUUUAACCUUUAAGGAAGCUUUCUUUGUUUGACUUGGAAGCGCAUGAAAAUUGAAAUGGCCUGGGUUGGUCCUUAUAUUAUGCAGAUGAAGGUUGGAGAUUUAAAUCUACCUCUACAGUAAACUGCUGUUUGUCUUAAUCAUGUUUCAGCAGUUGUAGGUGCAGUAUUCGAGCAAGGAUGAUUUUACCAUCGGACAGCAUUCUAGAGAUCUGUGCAUAAAAUGACCCAAGUUUACGUAAAACCACAAGACUGGACUGGACCAGAGACUGUGCCAAUCUGCUGCCAGCCACAUUUCACAGUGUUACCAUUUUAUACAUUCAUAAUAAGUGAGGCUUUUAACACCCACCCAGUCAUUUCCUGGAUUAGGGGGGUUUGUUGCAGAGUGGAUUUCAGAGGCCUUUGUCAACUCGUAAUUGUUAAGCUUUCCUCUUCUGUUGUCCCCCCUCCCCCCCCAAGCUUAACAUGUUUGCUAAUUUUAUAUUGUUCCAAAUCUUAGAGAGGCAGUUAAUCUCCCACUGGCAUAGGUUGUGAUGUAAAGAGUCAGGCUGGAAGGGUGUACUUGGCCUCUGCACCAUUCACUUUGACCUUCUGUUUCAAGCCACUGAGCAAGCACAACUUCCCAAGUCACAAAAAGAAAAACAGCGUUUAAGAAAACCUCCCCAUAGACUGUCUGAGAUUUGUAUCCAUAUCUUUACUUAAGAAAAUUCAGAAUUUAUUCAGUCAGAACACAGGUUUGACAUUUUCUUAAAAAAUCAAUUUGUUAAAUGUUUGCAUUUGGCAAAAUCAUUCAACUGAAUAUCUUCAUAUUUUUCAAACUAAUGUAGUAAAGGUAGUGAAAUGACUAGCUCUUUUAAAUGGCAGCAAAACUGCACCAACCUAGUAGACUGGAAGUGUAUAAAUAAACCCAAGUACUGAAAGAGUAUAAUCCAUGUAACAUACUAGGCUAUUUAGGAAAUCUGGAGACAGAAUUUGAAAUCUUUGCUUAAGUGGUUGCCUGCCCUGCCUUACCAUCAUUUUUUGUCUUUGUAAUCCAUUAAAUGACUGCAGAUGUAUUUUUUUAUACUGUUUUUGAUCUUAGGACAGUGGGAAUUCAGAGGAAGUCUAGUGUCUCAAAAUUCUUCCUGCACUAGCCAGCAAGCUUAUGUUUUACAGUUUUUGCAGAUCACAUCAUAAAGUUGGUGAUUUUCCUUGCAUGUACCAUUGUGGAUGAGUGAGCCAAUGUUGGCAGGCACAUGCAUUUGAAGAGAUCACUGUGGUGCUAAGACCCAUGCCAUAGUCUCUCUCUUGCCCCCCCCCCCCCGAGUCUUUGCAUUUGUAAUAAGAAUAAGUUAAUUUAAUGAAUGUAGUAUACAGUAAUUUUGUUUACUGUAUUGAUCAUAAUUAUGACAAUGUUUCUUUAUACUGUAGAAAAGGGAAACUACUAUAAGUCAGAAUAAAUGUAAGCUGGAUUUUUCCAGAUGUAACAUUCUUACCCUUUAUGGUACUGACCUGACCUUGUUGGACAUGUACAUGUUAUAAGGACCCACUCAAUAUUUGUGUGGUUUGUUUUUGCAUUCUGCACUUACAUGAAAAUACUGUAACAUUUACUCUUAUGUAACGUGUAAUUGCUUAACCUUGUAUAUUAAAGUUCAUAGCUUUGCAAAAAGGUGGAAAUAUUUAUUUACUGACUAUACUGGGAUAGAAAGAGGAAAACUUUUACAACCAAGCAUAAAUAGUUUUAAAACUGGCUUUAAUGUUGUGUUAUAGCUUUCUUGUGGAUUAAGCCAGUAUAUUUUUGUGUGUAAGAAUAAUUCAGAUGUAUUAUUUAUAUCUAUCUUUCACUAUAAACAGCUGCAAGACUGUAGUUACUUGAUUCUUGCAUGUGAAAUAUUCAAAUAAAACACUACCAGUGUG